UCUACAAUGGCGCGUACCAAGCAGACCGCUCGCAAGUCCACCGGAGGAAAGGCGCCCAGGAAGCAGCUCGCCACAAAGGCUGCCAGGAAGUCUGCGCCUACCACUGGGGGUGUCAAAAAGCCCCAUCGCUACCGCCCAGGAACUGUUGCACUCCGUGAGAUCCGGAAGUACCAGAAGAGCACCGAGCUGCUUAUCCGCAAGCUGCCCUUCCAGAGGCUGGUUCGUGAGAUUGCACAGGACUACAAGGUGGGUUCUCUUGUCUUGCUUGUGUUUCUUCUGACGCUUGGGUGUUUGUGGAACCAGACCGACUUGAGGUUCCAGAGCCAUGCUGUUUUGGCGUUGCAGGAGGCGGCCGAGGCUUACCUGGUGGGCCUCUUCGAGGACACCAACCUGUGCGCUAUCCAUGCCAAGAGGGUGACUAUCAUGCCCAAGGAUAUCCAGUUGGCCCGGCGCAUCCGUGGGGAGCGGGCCUAGGAGGAAUCGAAUUCACCCACUUUAGGUUGUCUAGAAUCGUUGUCUAGCCGUGUAAUAUAUCUCCGCCUAAACUUUUCCCUCGUUAAUGGCUGCUCUUAAUUUGUUGAAGUCAGUAAAAGGAGCUUUAAGGUUA